AUGCCACUAAAGGAUGACAAGAAGAAAGAUGUUGGAAGCUGGCAAAGACAAGAACCAGUAAGCAAGUCUAGGGGCAAAGCUAAGAAGAAGUGGUCCAAAGGCAAAGUUCAGGACAAGCUCAACCACCCAGUCCUGUUUGACAAAGCCACCUACAACAAAUUGUGUAAAGAAGCUCCCAACUUCUGUGGCUUCUGAGGCUGAAGAUUCAUGACUUCCUGGCCAGCACUUCAGGAGCUCCUUAGUAGGGAACUUAUCAAAUUACUUUUAAAGUACAAAGCUCAAAUAAUUUAUACUAAAAAUAAUAUAGGUGGAGAUGCCUCAGCCGCUAGUGAAGAUGCACGAACAGGUCCAACCAGCUGUAUAUUUGGAAAAAUAGCACUUUAUUAAAU